CAAUUUCCUGGGGCUUGAGAAAUCACAAUGCAUUUGUCAACAUCGAUACUGUUUCAUUUCUCGAAGAAGGCAGAGAAGGUAAGGUUGAAGGUCUUUACGCUGAUUUGCACCGUACGUGGACCCCGUAGGUGACUGAGGACCCGCACUGAGAAUCCUAGUUUACGACGCCGACAUCAUAACUUACACUAGCUUAUCACUGCCAACUUAUGGUUUACAUUUGUAUUUGACAAGAAAUUAAUGGACCGAAAUUUUAACGUGUAAACUUAGCACCUGUUUUAAACGGUGUAGAAGUGUUACCUGAGUGCAACACAAACAUCACUUCAUCUCAUCAUGGAAAAAGAUGCACUAUCUCAGUGCAAGGCUUCAGUAACCAUUGCAUUUGUUAAUAACGAAACUGUUUCUUCCAUCCUGUUAAUUAAGUACGCGUUAGUAACAAUUUAUUACUUGCCGACAACAUUUGCUGUAGGCCAACAUAUCUGAAUGCGAUAAUAGGCUUAAAACGCAUUAAGUUUUGAGUGGCUUUUGGCAGAUCGCCUAUGUAAGUUAGUCAUCCAUUGUCAUAAUUUUAAUUACUAUGAAUGCAGAUAACUAACAAAUUAAGGUGAGGGGAUUUCAAUUCGCCACUUUACAAACGAGAAAGGAACUGGGCCUAGAACACUUUCGCAAAGACGUCUGGGGUUGUUACCAGGGAAAGGGAAAAAAAAUUGGCCAGUAGCUGACCGACUCUUCCCCAGUAACGAUCCCACAAGCAACUGCGCGACACAUUUUGGCUGCAGUUCCCUUACUCGUUUCUAAGGGGCUGUUUACAUGGAGGGAGGAAGAUCCUGGUACCAGGAGGAUCCUAGAAGGUGGAAUCUAACUUUACGUUGGAUUUACAUGCAGAAAUUUCGGCCCGUGAGUUGUCCAAGUAGAGAAGGUUAGAGAAGGAAUCAAAAAUGGCGCACGACAAAAUCAAAAAUGCAAUUUGGGUCCCUCUGCUCUCUUUAUUGGCGUUAAUCACUACUUUUCAGCUGAAUUAACACAAUAAUCUACUGGUGGAUUACUCCAAACGAAAUGGUCAGCAUUUAUUGCCGUAAUUAGCCACUGAACGAGCCGCCGACAUUUUUGUCGCGUUUGUCCCUAGUACUAGGAUCUUCCUAGCGAAAGCAGUUUACAUGGUGCUAGGAUCUUCCUAGUACCAGGAUCUUCCUACCUCUCAGCUAGGAAGAUCCUAGCAUUAGGGACAAGUACAACCCUUUGCAUGUAAACUGAAUACAGGAAACAUAUGGCGCUAAGAUGAUCCGCCCUCUAGGAUCUUUUUGCAACUAGGAUCUUCCUCCCUCCAUGUAAACAGCCCCUAAAGUGGCGAAUGAGACAACGCUGAGUCACACUUAAUUUCGGUUCUAUUUUGACACUUGGAAACUGUAAAUCAUUCAAAUGACGACAAUGAGACAGGUACUGCUGUAAUAAACUUGCGGAGGCUACUUUCACCGUCACUUUGAAGACACUAGGGACCUUGGCCCGGUUCCUCGAAAGACGGUUAAAUUUAACUCAGGAAUAAGUUUUGGUUAGCUUUUCUAGUUUAAGAACAUGAAAGUCGAGCUUACAAAAUACUGUUGUGCCUUUACUUCGAAAAAAAGAAACGAUAGCACAAAAUGUUUCUCUAGGCAAUGCACAGAAAGUUAAAUACAAAAAGUGGAACAAAAUUUUAAUCGUGGAUUAGCGCUUAUUGGCCUCUCAGGAACCGGGCUCUCUUGGUCCUUAAGAUUCGACGACGGCGAUGGCAACGAGAACUUCAAAAAAGCAAUAGGUUUGAUAAGCAAAACAAUAACUUAGCACGUGCAUAACGCUUUUUUUGUAAAUUUCUUUUCCAUCACUGCGAGACUACGACGUCAAACAUCCCAAUUUCACGUUUUAUGGAGGAAGUGAACAAACGACGACAAAAUUUUCUUUCUUUUUCUGAACUUGAAUAUUGCUCUUUUGAAUUCAACUCCAGGAGAGUUCGCCUUUAUUUGACGAAGUAAGUGAGUUGGAAUGAUAUCGUUGACGAUUGAUAUAACGCGAGUUCACUUCUUAAGCGACGUUUUCGCCACCGUCGCCGUCCUCAGAUCUUAAGGUCCCUACUAUUUUUACAUCUCCCACUGGAGACGAGAUCGCCAUUUUACGUGGUCAUACGCGAAACGCGAAGGCCAAGCCGUUUGCAAAGCAAAGGCAAUACCUUUAUUUCUCAGUUAUUUUAAGGUUCCGAGUACUAGAUCGAGCCCUCGACCCCCUGCACUACAGUCAUGCGUUCUAUCGACUGAACUAAUCCUGACGCGGUUAAAUAAAACGAACACUCCUUCUCACUGAUUAGAAAAGUCGGCUCCAGAUGCAAAGUGAAAACAAUGAUAUCUUUUUAAUCUUUUAAAUUUGUUUCAUUUAAGUGAAGGGCAACAAGAAACUAGGAAAGAACGUUUAAAAGAAGUAGAAGUAUAGUGCAAAGGCAUGGCAACUGCAUAAGUGCAUCGAUGGAGAAAAAGCA